GAUGCUGAGGGUGGAUUGUCCAAGACAAUUCCGCGACUCCUCUGCGUGGUCAGCUACGACAACGGCUACUGCAUAGACAAGGCUCCUGCUAGAGUGCCGAGGCCAUACUGCUGGGCCUUGGACAUAGCAUUUCGAUAUCAGUACGUCUUCCGGCACUAUGCCACAUGGUUGCAGAAGUCGCGCUCCUGCGCACAGGUCGUCGAGGCCGCGAUGAGCCCGACGCGCAGCUUCAUGGAGGUGUACUACGACGUCACAAAGCUCGCAGGCUUCGGCUGCAGGAAGACGUGGCGCGACAAGCAGCAGUCUGUUCUCGGAGAUGUGGACCUGCCUUGCUUGCUCGUCAACUCGCGGGAUGAUCCCAUCUCUGUCUGGGACAACGUGGAGGACCAUCGCGCAGAAAUUGAGAGCAACCCCUAUCUUGCUCUGGCAGAUCUGCAUCGUGGUAGCCACGGAUGCAAGUUCGGCUUCUUGGGCUUCCUAUCCCUUGGGAACAAGAUGAUCGCCGAGUUCGUGCUGGCUGCCGCCGCCGAGCUGAAGCAGGCUCGCGCUCAAGCACUGAAGCAAUCGAGCUUAAGCAGGAGCAGCAGCAGGUCUGUGUCCUUCUGCUUUGAUGAUUCCCCCACCCGGGCAGCCAAGGGGCUAGGGGCUGGAGGAUGA